AGUGCCAGAAAAUAGUCGGGUAUGUCGAUAUGGUAUUCAAGAUGGUAUUGAAAGGAAUGGAUGUAAGCCAGAUCUGUGUCCAAUUAGACUUCUGUAAUCAGAUGGAGAGUGUGCUGCCAUUCGAAACAAGGCUUACCGGCUUGCUAAAGUCAUUCGAAACCGGAUGUCUUCCUAUGCAAGAAAAGCAGCAAGAACUGCCACAAAGAAGGCAGGAAGAUCCGAAAAGUCUUGUAAGAUCUGCAAACAAGUGGUGAAUUAUGUCUCUAUGGGAAUAAAGACCUUCAACCAAACCGAAAAGGAAAUUAUUGACUCAGUUAAUCAGUUCUGUACAACGUUUUCUAGAAACCAAAAACAAGAUGGAGAGUGCCAGAAAAUAGUGGGGUAUGUCGAUAUGGUAUUCAAGAUGGUAUUGAAAGGAAUGGAUGUAAGCCAGAUCUGUGUCCAAUUAGACUUCUGUAAUCAGAUGGAGAGUGUCCUGCCAUUCGAAACAAGGCUUACCGGCUUGCUAAAGUCAUUCGGAAACCGGAUGUCUUCCUAUGCAAGAAAAGCAGCAGGAACUGCCGCAAAGAAGGCAGGAAGAUCCGAAAAGUCUUGUAAGAUCUGCAAACAAGUGGUGAAUUAUGUCUCUAUGGGAAUAAAGACCUUCAACCAAACCGAAAAGGAAAUUAUUGACUCAGUUAAUCAGUUCUGUACAACGUUUUCUAGAAACCAAAAACAAGAUGGAGAGUGCCAGAAAAUAGUGGGGUAUGUCGAUAUGGUAUUCAAGAUGGUAUUGAAAGGAAUGGAUGUAAGCCAGAUAUGUGUCCAAUUAGACCUCUGUAAUCAGAUGGAGAGUGUGCUGCCAUUUGAGUCAAGGCUUACCGGCUUGCUAAAGUCAUUCGGAAACCGGAUGUCUUCCUAUGCAAGAAAAGCAGCAGGAACUGCCACAAAGAAGGCAGUAAGAUCCAAAAAGUCUUGUAAGAUCUGCAAACAAGUGGUGAAUUAUGUCUCUAUGGGAAUAAAGACCUUCAAGCAAACCGAAAAGGAAAUUAUUGACUCAGUUAAUCAGUUCUGUACAACGUUUUCUAGAAACCAAAAACAAGAUGGAGAGUGCCAGAAAAUAGUGGGGUAUGUCGAUAUGGUAUUCAAGAUGGUAUUGAAAGGAAUGGAUGUAAGCCAGAUAUGUGUCCAAUUAGACUUCUGUAAUGAGAUGGAGAGUGUGCUGCCAUUCGAAACAAGGCUUACCGACUUGCUAAAGUCAUUCGGAAACCGGAUGUCUUCCUAUGCAAGAAAAGCAGCAGGAACUGCCACAAAGAAGGCAGUAAGAUCCGAAAAGUCUUGUAAGAUCUGCAAACAAGUGGUGAAUUAUGUCUCUAUGGGAAUAAAGAUCUUCAACCAAACCGAAAAGGAAAUUAUUGACUCAGUUAAUCAGUUCUGUACAACGUAUUCUAGAAACGAAAAACAAGAUGAAGAGUGCCAGAAAAUAGUGGGGUAUGUCGAUAUGGUAUUCAAGAUGGUAUUGAAAGGAAUGGAUGUAAGCCAGAUAUGUGUCCAAUUAGAUUUCUGUAAUCAAAUGGAGAGUGUGCUGCCAUUCGAAACAAGGCUUACCGACUUGCUAAAGUCAUUCGGAAACCGGAUGUCUUCCUAUGCAAGAAAAGCAGCAGGAAUUGCCACAAAGAAGGCAGUAAGAUCCGAAAAAACUUGUAAGAUCUGCAAACAAGUGGUGAAUUAUGUCUCUAUGGGAAUAAAGAUCUUCAACCAAACCGAAAAGGAAAUUAUUGACUCAGUUAAUCAGUUCUGUACAACGUAUUCUAGAAACGAAAAACAAGAUGAAGAGUGUCAGAAAAUAGUGGGGUAUGUCGAUAUGGUAUUCAAGAUGGUAUUGAAAGGAAUGGAUGUAAGCCAGAUAUGUGUCCAAUUAGGCUUCUGUAAUCAGAUGGAGAGUAUGCUGCCAUUCGAAUCAAGGCUUACCGGCUUGCUAAAGUCACAUGGAAACCUGAUGUCUUACUAUGCAAGAAAAGCAGCAGAGGUCUACCAAGAUUUGCCAGCUGUUAUUGAGAGAUAUCAUAAAGUGGAAAGCGGUAAAGAGGUGACCAGUAGCAGCAAUGGUAAAGCUUGCGAGCUGUGCAAAACAGUUACAAACAUAGUUUACUAUUCAGUAAAAUAUGCUAAUUCAACCAUCGAAGCCAUAGAAGAAGCAAUCAAAGUCAUCUGCAAUGCACAAGUAGGACCUGUGAAAAAAUCGUGCCUGUUCUACCUAUCAAAAAUAGACGAGAUCAUCCAAUACAUAGAGAAAGGACUGAUGCCAAAUGACAUUUGUGUAAAACUUGGCUUCUGCAGCAAAACAGUCCACGAAACUAACAAUCUAUCUUGGCAAAAUGUACAUGUAGAAUAUCAGACAACUGCAAGGUCAGUGUGCCGCAUCUGCCAUUCCACCGAGAGGAUUGUCAAGAAAGACACGAGAACAAUUGAGUCAAGUAUGAGAUUGAUGACAAAGUUCGCCCAAAUAGCUUGCAUCAUCCCACUAAACGAAGAUCUCAAGAAAAAGUGCUCGUAUGCAGCACAAGUGCUACAGUCAGCUGAGCAAUUAAGAAAACAGAUACUGGAUCCAAGUGAAUGCAAAAAAGUCAUCUGCAACAAGCCUUUUAUUAUUGCAAUGCACAUUGCAAAGAAUACAAAUAACCAAGUCUGCGAUAUAUGCCGUUACGCUGAGAACAUGUUGGUGAAAAGGUUUCAAAAUCUCGAUAAAACAAUGCAGAUGUCCUUGUCCGAAGUCGAUAAGAUCUGUGAUAUGAUUCCUUACAGCAGUCUAUCAUCAAGGUGCCACUCCUAUGUCAACCGUACCAAAACUGCUUGUGACAAUAUUGUGGAGAAGUUGAAGUCGGCCAACUUGUGUGUCAAACUGAGAUUAUGUCCCAAACAGAUUGAAGAUGAAAAAGAGAAAGAACAGAAGACUGGAAAAGGAGGAAAAAUCUUCCAGCAUUUUUUCAAAGGUGAUGGAGAAAACCCCAUCUGCAAUAUCUGCGUAUCAUCUGUCAAAGCACUCCAAGUUAAAAUGGGGAGACGCUGGAAUGCACAAAAAUUUGCAAUGCCGUGUGCAAGAUUGGAAAGGAUUUCAGGAAAAAGAAUUUGCUCGAAGUUCCACAUAAAUGCAAAGAUUGGCAGGAUCAACUGGAGGGAAUCGCCAGAAAAAGUUUGCAAGAGGAUGCGACUGUGCGAUGAUAAAUCUUCCGUGGUUGGUCUUUUUGCUACCAUUGGAGGGCAAAUGAUGAAGGUGUUUGGUUAAAGUUUGGUGAAGAUUUAGGCCUUUGACUGUAACGACUUUCAAACGUUUAAGGUUUUUUAAAACUUUUUUGCAUUUGUAUUCCCGUUUCUACUUCUUGAAUCAAUAUUGUAUAUUUGUUCAUGUUGAUUCCGAGUUUAGUGGCAUAAUUACUGCCAUUUUCUUGUUAUAUCUUUUUAUGCUUCAAUAA